AUGAAGACCGAUAUUCUCGUGAAUAUGGUGUCAGCAGCGCUGUUCAUGGCUCAUUCUACCGCUUCCAAGGCCACUUCCAAGGUCACUGCCACUACCACUACCACUGCCACUGCCUCUGCCACUGCCACUGCCAACAACGAAGCCCGAAGCAGACUACCCAGGCAUGGGAAAACGCUAUGUACUUAUGGCGAUUUUGUCAGUUCUGAAGAUACAACGUUAGCCCUAGCGGGUCUUUCAUCCCUCUUUGAAUCAAAAGCCGGAAAGUCGUUGUCACAAUUCCAUGGCGGUGGACACGUCAAUAGAGUGGUAUACGCCCACAACACAGCUCAAGCCUAUGUCUGUGGCUGGGGUAUGGGAAAGUUUACUCUUAUCGAGGUGGAAGAUAUUUUUGAAAGCGUGGACAGGAUCAGAAUAGAAUGCGGGGGCGUUUCUUCCUCUACUGGGGAGAUUUGGUUUCCAGACCUCGACUAUUCUAUCGGUUAUGGUAGAUUCGAUGGAGUGACUUGUGCGCCUAAGACUUUUCGUCACAUAUGGGGUAGAAUGCUAGGGUUGGUAUGA